AUGAAAUCUGAGGUACUUAUACUGUUGUUUGUCAUAUUAAGUGUUAAGUUGGUUGAGGUAAGGUAUUUCAUGUAUUUUUUUAUUCUUUUUAGGCAAACUUUGAAGAUUCAAGAUGCAGAUGUACAUGUCCAAGCACAAAAUAUUUCGCAGGACCCAAUAGCACAGAUAACAAGCGGCGGUAUUAUACAAAAACAAACGUUUUGUCAUCUAAUUGGUAUGUGUAUCCUUUUCAAGUAUAUUUAUUACUUUAGCAAUCCGCAAAAUGUGGUUAAAGUCUCCGUGAAAGGUGUAGUAGACAGCUCUCAUUUGGAUGCUUUCCUGGCCAACUGUGAUUGUCGUUUUGAAUCACGGAACACAAUAUUGCUCAAGGUAACAGUUGAUUGAUUUAAAAUUAAUUUUAUUGCCUUUCGAAGGUGUGAUGUAUAUCGGUACUGUAUUCAAAGUCAUUGGUUAUGCAAACCAGUCUUUUAGCAUUUGGUUUUAUGGGCGUUUGAGGGACGCGAUUGAUUUGUGUCAUAGAUUUAUACAGUAUUCGUCUAAUAUUGUAGAAUAAUUCUGUGACACUUCAGGUAGUUGUAAUCUUUGUGAUAUGUGUGUUGGCACUUCUCGGGUCAUAUAUGUUAUUCUUAACCAUACUGGACCCAAUGUUUAAACGAAGGAAACUGUCGGUGACAUAUAAACGUCAAGAUGAUGAGGUAUGCAAUGUAAAGGGAAACAAUUACCAACUGUAUUGCAGAUAGAAGAUAAUAUUUUUGGUGAGCCAACUGUAGAUACGAAUGGGUCCAUACCUCUUAAGGUGCAGCAAAAAGCAGUCAGUGUACUUGAUAAAGUGGAAGAUAAGACCUCCAAAUGGAAGUCAGAUGUGCAAGAACAACGACGGAAAGUAAUGUCCGACCACACGAUCCUCAACUAAAUUAACUUAACAUAACGGAGAUUCGUAUAUUUCAUCUUUUUUGUGAUUAAAUAAAAAUUAAUUUUAUUGUUUUUUCGCACUCGAUCGCCCCAAAAAUGGAUUGUUUUAACCGCCCAUUCAAAGGAAUUGAAAUUGAUGGCGACGGUUUUUCUUGGGAAUGGAGAUGGAUACGACCACAUUGUUGAGUGCACGCACGGCCAUGGAGUCGCUGAUCUCCACGAUCUUUUGAAACCACGAUAGAAAAGGAUUCUGAAUCCAUCCAGUUGACAUCGUUAACUUUUUCUUCAUUAACGCUCUUGAGAAAAGCGUUGAGAAUUACUCGGAUUCCGUCAAUGGGUGGUCUCAUCAAGUUAAGUCAUCAUUCUCUUGAUAGGUAACAACUUCCUCAUUUUUUAUGUGUUAUAUCAAAACGAAAACGUGAUUGAUGUUGUCAGCGUACGCGGGCGGUUGACGACAAUAGGUCAUGUCCGUGUUACCGUAUACUAAUUUCUGUUAAAAUCGUGUUUCUCUUUAUUAGCGGCACUUUCCCUUGAUCUAUUAUAUUCGGUUGAAAUUGGAGCAGAAAAUUCACGUCCGUUCUGCCUACGCAGAAAUUUGCUUCAGGCUUCAUUUUGUUUUUGAGGCGGCGAUUUUUAAAAGGGCGUCUACAAUGACGCCACUGUAUGUUAUGCAACGCUCUUCAAAGGGCGAUUGUCAGGUCAAACAAUAAACAAGAUCAAUUUCAGGUGACAUAACGUGGCCCGGGGAUAUUUCUGUAGAAACUCCUGGAUCGGCUUUCUUUUAAGGUCAGAUAGCUGAUAAGAUAGAUGGUAUUCAUUCCAUUCAAAUUCGAUUAACAUGGUCGGAACCAUCGCUCCUCACUCUCUCACUUGUUUCACACCUUUCCUUCCCCGCCCCCUUUUUUGGAUCAAUUGCGGUGAAUGCCAAAUCAGAAUUUAGACGGACCUUUCGCCUUUUGAUCGUGUCAAGGCUAAUAUCUUAAUAUCAGCGAUAUGCAUGCAUUACUGUAUCUUUUUUCAGAGUAAUCCGUUUCGUCGAGAUAGCUUCUAAAAAAGUUUUAUUUGGAGUAAAGUUUUUUGAAAAUCGUUUUUGCUUUUUCUUUUUCGUUUACCAUCCGUUUUGGGCAUACUGUAACACUACCUUCAUGGGAUAACUCGGAAAUUGUUAAUUAACUUUAGAAGAAUUCCCUUCCCUUUUUCCAUCGCCCUAAUCAGUCUUAUCAGCUUUGUUGUAGAUUGAUAGGGUUCUGAAUGCGUAUCACAACCGUGAAAAGCGGGCAAGGGUUACGGUAGGAAUGGUGAUUGGAGACAGAGACGCGUGUCAUCAUCGAGUUUCCGAGCAUCGUUUCAACAACUUUUUUGUUUUCAGCGUGACGGGAAAAGAAAGACGAUGAAGGUCCCUUUCUCGGAAACCAAGAGCCAUGAGAUUGCAACCAUAAUGGGACAGAAGAGGGUCAAUCAAUUGGGAGGGCAUUAUAUUAAUGGGAAACCGCUGCCCAAUUCGAUGAGAAUUGCCAUUGUCAACAUGCAUAAUCAAGGAAUAAAGUGAGUAAUUUUGAAGUCGCUUUCUCUUUUAAAAUAAAGAUUACUAACGUAUUUGAUUUCAGACCAUGUGUCAUCAGUCGUCAGCUGAAGAUUUCCCAUGGUGCCGUGUCCAAGAUCCUGAAUCGCUUCAACGAAACGGGCUCGGUCGCACCCGGACAGGUAAAAAACUUUUCAAAAAUUCGAAUCCCCAAAACAAUGAAAUCCCCCACCGCGAAUGUCCGCCGUUCCGCUGACAAAUGAGUCGGUGUCACAGUACUCUUUAACUAAUGAUUUUUACGGAUUCCAGAUUGGCGGAAACCCGAGGAAACGACAGAUCGUGCAAAGUGUGGAGCGACAGAUCUUCGAAUUCAAAGAAAUGAAUCCAUCCAGCUCCAGUUUGGACAUACAGCAACACCUUAUCCAUUCUGGGCAUUGUACUCGGGAUACUGUACCUACAGUAAACUCGAUUACAAGACAUCUGAAGUCGAGAGGUCUUAUUGGUCAUUCCCGAUCCCCAAGGGAAUGUGGAACUCCGAUCAGUCCGACAAACAGUGACAAGAAACUAAACCAUUCGAUUGAAAACAUCCUGGGAAUUCAAAACAAUUCGACUGGUGAGUAUCAACAAAUUUUUAUAAGAAACUGAGGUAAUACGGUAGUAAGUGGAAAGCGGUCUAAUUAAGAGUCUUGUUAUUUGGUCGCCCCUAAUUAGUCUGUUAGAUAACAAGUUGAUUCAAGUUGUGUUUGACGAGAUUACAGUACCCGAUCGCUGUCAAACGCCAUCUGCCGGCUGGGCGAUGGCGAGAUUGCGUCGAUUUAAUCCGGAAGCGCGGCGAUAGACAAGAAAAGGGUGUGGAUUGACUUGUUUUAGAUUAUCUUAUACAAAUAUUGGCCCGCACUUUAAUUGCACAAUCUUGUCGCUCUUCCACGUUCUCGCCCAUCUGCCCUCUCUCUUCCCGGUAGGAAGCGAGAAGUUGACCCUUUCUGAUAAUUGAUUACAAGGAGCGGCGUUUGAGAGGGUUUCAAGCGGAGAUGUCCAACUAGGUGUCAAGCGCUGACAGGGCGGCGGCUUUGCGGUAAACCUUUUAGCGGCAGAUUAUAUCUUGUAACUAAUCUAAUCUGAUCCAACUUUUUGACACUUUCUGUCUUUCAGAGUCGAGAUAUCAAUUAGAAUCUCCAACAAGUUCAAACGGUUCCAGAAGUCGGACCAAUUUCUCGCAAGAACAGAUCGAUAUUCUCGAGAGAUUUUAUGGCAAAAGUUCGUAUCCCAGUGCUGCGGAGAAGGAGGAAGUUAGCCGAUUGACAGGGCUCAGUCAAGACAAGAUUGGGGUAAGCAUUAAUUAUCUAUUACUUAAACAAACUUUUUAUUUUGUUCAGGUGUGGUUUAGUAACCGUCGAGCCCGUCUUCGGAAGACCCUGACAACUUCCACCAUGAGCCCCGACCCUACUUCCUACUUCAAGUUCAAUCCUCAGCUGAUUCAACAGUUCCUCCAACUGCAGAAUCCUUCGUUCCCUACAGUUUUUCCCACACUUCCUCUUUAUCCAAUCCCAAAACCCCUGUUAUUCAACGGUCUCCAAGAUCCGCUUUACUCAUCUUAA